AUGCAGAUUUUCGUCAAGACGUUGACGGGCAAGACGAUCACGCUGGACGUGGAGCCGUCGGACUCGAUCGACAAUGUGAAGCAGAAGAUCCAGGACAAGGAGGGCAUUCCACCGGACCAGCAGCGACUGAUCUUUGCCGGCAAGCAGCUGGAAGACGGCCGCACGCUGAGCGACUACAACAUCCAGAAGGAGUCGACGCUGCACCUGGUGCUCCGUCUGCGCGGCGGCAUGCAGAUCUUCGUCAAGACGUUGACGGGCAAGACGAUCACGCUGGACGUGGAGCCGUCGGACUCGAUUGACAAUGUGAAGCAGAAGAUCCAGGACAAGGAGGGCAUUCCACCGGACCAGCAGCGACUGAUCUUUGCCGGCAAGCAGCUGGAAGACGGCCGCACGCUGAGCGACUACAACAUCCAGAAGGAGUCGACGCUGCACCUGGUGCUCCGUCUGCGCGGCGGCAUGCAGAUCUUCGUCAAGACGUUGACGGGCAAGACGAUCACGCUGGACGUGGAGCCGUCGGACUCGAUCGACAAUGUGAAGCAGAAGAUUCAGGACAAGGAGGGCAUUCCACCGGACCAGCAGCGACUGAUCUUUGCCGGCAAGCAGCUGGAAGACGGCCGCACGCUGAGCGACUACAACAUCCAGAAGGAGUCGACGCUGCACCUGGUGCUUCGUCUGCGCGGUGGCAUGCAGAUCUUCGUCAAGACGUUGACGGGCAAGACGAUCACGCUGGACGUGGAGCCGUCGGACUCGAUCGACAAUGUGAAGCAGAAGAUCCAGGACAAGGAGGGCAUUCCACCGGACCAGCAGCGACUGAUCUUUGCCGGCAAGCAGCUGGAAGACGGCCGCACGCUGAGCGACUACAACAUCCAGAAGGAGUCGACGCUGCACCUGGUGCUUCGUCUGCGCGGUGGCAUGCAGAUCUUCGUCAAGACGUUGACGGGCAAGACGAUCACGCUGGACGUGGAGCCGUCGGACUCGAUCGACAAUGUGAAGCAGAAGAUCCAGGACAAGGAGGGCAUUCCACCGGACCAGCAGCGACUGAUCUUUGCCGGCAAGCAGCUGGAAGACGGCCGCACGCUGAGCGACUACAACAUCCAGAAGGAGUCGACGCUGCACCUGGUGCUUCGUCUGCGCGGUGGCAUGCAGAUCUUCGUCAAGACGUUGACGGGCAAGACGAUCACGCUGGACGUGGAGCCGUCGGACUCGAUCGACAAUGUGAAGCAGAAGAUCCAGGACAAGGAGGGCAUUCCACCGGACCAGCAGCGACUGAUCUUUGCCGGCAAGCAGCUGGAAGACGGCCGCACGCUGAGCGACUACAACAUCCAGAAGGAGUCGACGCUGCACCUGGUGCUCCGUCUGCGCGGUGGUAUGCAGAUCUUCGUCAAGACGUUGACGGGCAAGACGAUCACGCUGGACGUGGAGCCGUCGGACUCGAUCGACAAUGUGAAGCAGAAGAUCCAGGACAAGGAGGGCAUUCCACCGGACCAGCAGCGACUGAUCUUUGCCGGCAAGCAGCUGGAAGACGGCCGUACGCUGAGCGACUACAACAUCCAGAAGGAGUCGACGCUGCACCUGGUGCUCCGUCUGCGCGGUGGCAAUUGA